GAACCUAACAAAGGUAAAAGAAUUAAUUGACACAUUUCCACGUACAAAUUCAGAAGAACAUGAUAUACUGGGUAUAGCAGAAAAUAUAAGGGCUCAGUAUAAAAAAGCUUGUGCCCAUUUGAAAAUACCAUCAACUAAUCCAUAUGAUGCAGGAGUUUCAUUUUGAAGAUACUGGUGAUCAUCCUCCUUCAUCAAUGGAAUCCACUAUAUAUAAACUACGUCUUCAUCUAGACUCCAUCACUACAUUCCUAAAUCCCCUAUUGCCACUAGCCAACUGCCACAUGGUAGAAUUCUUCACACAAAAUCAUUGGGAUCUACUUAUCCCUACUGGUUUGAGGGAUUCGAUGUCAAGCUGGGAUUUUAAAACAACUGUUGAGAAGUUCUGGAACAUUGCAGAAGAUAUGAACAACAAGGAUAAUACAAAACUUGGUAACUGGAUCAACAAGGCGCGCUCACACUGCAUCACUGUAAACAAUGAUUACUGCAUCACAGCUGAACAACUACAAGAUCGUAUCAAAAACUUGGGAGGUGAAGUUAAGCCUGAAAUAAAAGUCAAACAGUUUAUGAGUGGAAAGAAAAGUUAUGAGGUACAAACAAUGUCUCGUCUAGUGGCGUCAUUGUACGGCGCUAGUUCAGCCACGUGCUGCGUGGAGGCGGGCGGUGGCCGCGGACACCUGCCCGUCGCACUUACCCUCGGCUACGGAGUACCGAGCCUCACUAUUGACUGCGACGUGAGAACCCUGCGCGCGGCUACUCAAAGAAUCAAAAUUAUACAGAAACAAUGGCACGCAAUAGCUAAAAGAGUAAAGGAUGGCCACGAGGAACGGAUCUCAGAGAGUAUAGACAAGAACUUACAUCGGUUCGCCAGCGCCUUCGUCACUAGAGACACUGACCUUAAAACUUUGGUCAAUGAGAAGUUUCCAGAAUUUACCAGUAGUGAAACUAAGUUACUUUUGACAGGUCUUCACACGUGCGGCAACCUGGGCCCUGACUCUCUACGUAUCUUCACGUCUCAAGGAUCCAUAAGCGCUGUCUUCAAUGUUCCUUGUUGUUACCACCUCCUUACUGAACACGUGGACGCAGGACUGUUUGAUGUUUUCCAGAGGGAUUACGCUCCAGAACAUGAUACAGGACAGGGGUUUCCUAUGUCGGAACAUUUGAGAAAUUAUAAUCUCGGGCGCAACGCAAGAAUGCUGGCCGCACAAUCCAUAGACAGAGUCGUAUAUCAAAGACAGUUGCCGUCCAAGAGUUUGCUCUAUAGAGCUUUGCUAGAGGUACUAAUUAAAAAGCAUCUACCCGACGUCUUUAUAGCGGAUGGCAAGUUAAAACGCAUUACGCCGAACAAGUAUAACGAUUUCAGAGAGUACUUCAAAAUGGCCGAUUCUAUACUAAAAUUAAAGCUGUAUGAUAUUCUACCUGAGUGUCAUUUAAGUGAUAUAGAAAAAAAUUUGGACUCUCAAUGGGAGAAAAUAGUGUUGUUCUAUCUGUUAAGGUUGUGUUUGGCUCAGGUGAUAGAAAGUGUGAUAUUAUUAGACAGACUUUUGUAUUUAUACGAGAAUGGUUUUAAAAAUGUUUUUUUGGUCAAAUUAUUUGAUCCUAUUCUGUCACCGAGAUGUCAUAGUAUUGUAGCUAUGAGAUAGUUUUAUAUGUAUUUGUACCUAAACAUUACAACAUUGUUAAUUAAUGUUA